CUACGGGCUGUGACGUAUGCAGAAGCCGUCAGCAAUUCACACACGGCAUUAAAUUAAACCAUGGAGACCCUCAUCAGCCUACCGUUUACUGUUCUGGAAUGCCCGAAUAUCAAACUUAAAAAACCAUCAUGGCUGCAUAUGCCUUCUGCAAUGACUGUCUAUGCCGUCGUGAUUGUUUCAUAUUUUCUCAUCACCGGUGGCAUCAUUUACGAUGUGAUAGUUGAGCCUCCAAGUGUCGGAUCAAUGACUGAUGAACAAGGACAUCAAAGACCAGUAGCUUUUCUGGCAUACAGGGUUAACGGGCAAUACAUCAUGGAGGGGCUGGCCUCCAGCUUUCUGUUCACAAUGGGAGGCCUUGGCUUCAUAAUCCUGGAUCGCUCUAAUGCGCCUAAUAUUCCCAAACUGAACCGUUUCCUCUUGCUCUUUAUCGGCUUUGUUAGCGUGCUGCUGAGCUUCUUCAUGGCCAGAGUCUUCAUGAGGAUGAAACUGCCUGGUUAUCUCAUGGGUUAAAGAGCAGCACCUUCAAUAUGACAUCAACAACUUGAAAAUCGCACACUGCACAUACAGACUGAAGAGAACAUACCGUAACCCUUGUUUAAGUGCCAAGGACAACAGUCUGUUAUCAAACUGUAAUUAAUCAACCAGUAUAAUUGGCAAAAUGUCCCACCCUUAUUUUGUGUGUGUGUGUGUGAGAGAGAGUGUGAGAUACACUAGUUCAGUUAGGCUCAUAAGUUAUUGGAUUAUAUUGGAAAUUGAUUGAGCUACAAUUUCUUCUCACACCUGUAGAGAGUUCAGUAACAAGUGCUUACUGGGAUGGGGUGGUUAAUAUUAUAUUGAUGUUCUUAAAAUGACCGUUGAAGUCCAUUAAAAUCCAUUUUCCAAAAUCCAGUCCAAUUUUUUUGUAGACUGUUGUGUAAAAUGUGGCAGUUUUUUUCUAUUAUAAACAAAUGUACUUUCCACAUGA